AUGCCUAAAUGGGUCUUCAACUGCAACACCGGCAUCUUCACCACCGCCGAAAAGAAACAAAUCGCCGAGGGCAUGACCAAACUCUACACCAGCGUCGGUCUACCCGGAUUCUACUGCCACACGCACUUCAUCGAGCUCAACCCCGAAAACAUGUACGCCGGCGGCGAGACGCCCAAGGCCUUGACGACCGUCUCCAUCUACCACAUUGCGCGCGGCUUCGAUACCCCGCAGGUCGAGGCUUUCUUCUUCAAAGCUCUGGAUGAUAUACUGAGGCCCAUCUUGAAGCCAAAAGGGAUCGAAUGGGAGUCUGGGAUUUAUGAGGCGAGGAGGGAGUUGUGGAGGAUUAAUGGGCUUGUGCCGCCUGAGACGGGGUCGGAGAUGGAGAAGAAGAUCUCGGUCGUUGCAAUGGACACGAGAUUCGAGCUCGUUAUGCUCGCCGGUGAGGCUGGUGAGCUUGACGGAGAGCUGGAAGGCGUAAUAGACAGGGAGGAUGAUUCAGGAGAUGAGGUUGCCCGAGAGGUGGUUGAGGCACUCGCUGGUGAGCUUGACGACGAGCUGAGUGUGGAUAGGGAUGUCGAGGAAGUUGGCGAAGAAACCGGGAUAAGCGGGGCGGAUGAAGAGAAGCUCGAUGUCGUCGUGGACCGGGAGCUUGAAGGGGCAGUCGUGGACGAGCUUGAUGCACUCGAACUAGAGAUGGCGGGAGUCACCGAUGGCGGCAGCGAUGAAAUGCUUGUCAAGGUGGUUGAAGGCAAGGUGAUGACCGUGGUGGAGCUAGACGGCAGUACUGGGGGCAAAGUCACGGGUGUGCUCGUUGUGCUCGUGCUUGGGCUAGGUUCCGGGGUGAAGGUGGUCGAAGCAAUCCUGGAUGUGUUUGUGAAGGGGAAAGGCACCGUAAGAGAGGUUGACGUUGAUGACGUUGAAGACCUUGUUGAACUACUUGAUGAGCUUGUAGAACUUGAGGAGCUUGUGGUUGAAAAAGGCGAGGUUGAUGGGACCGCAGCGCUGGAGCUGGAGCUGCUUGUAGUGCUUGAGCUUGUCGUACUGCUAGACGAAGAUGAUGACGAUGACGGACUCAUAGAGGUCGACGUGCUAGAAGGGCUGGAGCUGCUUGAACUACUGCUACUCGUUGCAGACGACGUAGGAGAGGGGGUGAUGGAUGAACUCGACGAGGAGGUUGACGAGCUUGUCGUGCUCGAAGACCUCGAAGAACUGGAAGAUGUCGUGGAACUGCUAGAGCUUGAACUGGAUGUAGUUGAAGAGAUCGUCGAGUUGGAAUAUGUACUCGUUCUGGAGCUGCUGGGGCUUGAAGAAGGGGAUGAGGUGAUCGACGAAGUAGAAGACGAGCUUGUGCUGGUUGAAGUUGUCGAGGAACGCGUAGAUGAUGAUGAUGAUGACGACGAGCGGGAGGAAGAAGAUGAGGAGGAGGAGGAGCUCGUGGACGAGCUACUCGAUGACGAAGUCGUACUUGUGGCCGUUGAUGACCUGCUGGAGGACGUUGAGGUACUGGAUGUCGUGCUAGUGGUCGAAUUCCCACUUGACGACAACGACGACGAACUAGAAGAGGAGCUGAAGGAGCUGGUGGUAGUCGUUGUACUUGAGGUCGACGAUGAACUUGAAGUAGUAGAGGUCGAGGACGAACUCGAAGAUGAGACCCCGAGAGCCCUCACUGCAAACACCUCGUAG